CUUUCACUCACAAAUCAAUCUAGACUCUAGAGAGAGAAAGGGAGAAAUCAUGAGGAGUCCACCUCAAGUUUCCUCAAACCAAGAAUUCUGGCAUUGGAGCUCUCCUCUGCCUUAUCUCUUUGUGGGAUUAGGCCUCAUGAUUAUACUCAUCACCGUCGCCCUAAUCAUCCUCGCCUGCUCAUUCCGCAGACGCUCUACCUCCGACGAGAAGGCGCCGCCUCCCCCCGCCGCCCCCGCCGUCACCGACAACACCCCCAAAAUCGUCGUCAUCAUGGCCGGAGACGACAACCCCACCCACCUCGCCAUUCCCAUGCCGCCUGCAGCUUCAUUCCCAAUCGCUCCUCAAACCUGCGUUUGCAAUGUCUGAAUUUCAGUCUCGCCGCCACAAUUUUGUAGGAAAAUUUUGGUUUAGAUUUUGUCUUAAUUUUGUCUCACUUUGUAAUAAUUGG